GACAUCCGGGAGUCGCAUGACGCCAUCCAUCGACUCGUGGAGGCAGUGCUUCCUGCAUGGCUGCACCACAACCCAGAUGUCACUCCCCUUCUUCAGCUGGUCGUGUCAUCCCUGCCCUCCAUGCCUCAUCACCAUCGCAUCGCCCUCCUCUCUGCUCUUCUAAGAGGCGUCUCUCCCUCCUUGGGCCUCGCUCCGCUUCUGCUGCUGCUGCUCACCACCACAGGCGUCACACCCUCGCUUCUCACAGCGCACGCCGACAAUCCAAAGACGCCCCUCGUUCUGCCCGGGCACGCAGGCAGGCAGCGUUGCAGCAGCACACGUACUGGAGGCGGCGGGGGGACAGCACGGACGAUCAGGGGCAAGGGGAGUGGGGGCUCAGCCUGGCGUUUGAGCUCUGUUUGCAGGUUCCAGGAAGCAUCCGACUGGAGGCAUAUGUGAAGCUUUUGGAAGCCACGUGCCCUCCAACCAACGUGCGGCGGAAGGGGAGGGCAGGAGGAGAUGAGGCGUCUGAUUGGUGGAGAGGGAUGGGUCCAGACGACGAUGUGGUAGUGGUGAGAUUUGUUGCUGCGGAGCUGCCGGCUGCAGUGGCGGCUAUGGAGGAGGAUUUGGGGAUGGAGGGAGGGACACUUGCAGGAGGGGUUGAGGGGAAGGGCGCAACGAUGGGGGAGAUGCUGCUAUGGUUGAUGGUGGCUCAGCCCCCAACAGCCUUGAGCGACAGCUGUUUGUGUCUCUCUUGGAACAUGUUGUCCUUCGCCUCCGUGCCACUGCAGCUGCUGCUGCUGCUGCUUCCAGUGCUGCUGUGGCCUCCUCCCUCGCCACCCCACUCUGCCCUGUGCUCAAGGACAGGGCGGACUUGGUGGCUUCAGCAGCGUAUGAGCUGCUGCAGACUCUGGAUGACGUGACUCCCAGUGGUGUGUUCCUACAGGCCGUGCAGACACUGCUGACCAACCCAAGCAGCCAUAUCCGUCGCAAGGUUCUCCGCCUGCUUGCCUCCAGAGUGCGGUCAUCCGUGCCCCACACCCUCACGCCGCACGGCCGCGUCAAAGCUGGGAGCAAGCAGCGCUUGGCACAGGCAGCACGGGAGGAAGCGGUGGAGUAUGCGUUGGUGGCAGGGCAGCUGGCGCACAUGGGCGCGCUGGAGGGGCCUGACAGGUCGCUGGCCACACAGAUGGCAGCUCUGCAGACACUCGAUGCCAUCAUCAAGCGCUUUGCAUCCUUGGCUUCUGACGACUUCUCCCCAGCGCUCACCCCUCUCAUUCGCAUCGUCUCCUCUUCUUCCUCCUCGCCACUCCUCACUGCCGCUGCUUUACGUUGCCUCUCCUCCCUCGCCUCCUCCCUGCACCAUCUGCUGCUGCCCCACCUGCCGCUCCUCAUGCCCCCUCUAUUCGCCUCUGUUGAGAGGGCGCUUGCGGCAGGAAAGAAGGUGGUGGAAGAGGAGAGGGGAGCAGAUGAGGGGGAUGGGGAGAUGAGGGUGGAGCAGAUGGAGGAGGAGGACAGUGGGGGGCAUGGGAGAGAGGAGGUGGUGAGUGAGGCAACGGCACAGGACCUGCUGGCCGCUGUGCUGCAAGCCCUGGAAGCCAUGCUGGCGGCCAUGGGCCCCCUCCUAUCUCCCUUUACUCCCCGCAUCCUCGCCUGUACCUGUCUCACUCCCUUGCUGCUCUGCUGCUCCUCGCCCUCUGUGCUGCAGCAUGCCCAUGCUGUGCGACUACUGCUCAUUGAGAAGCUUCCUAUGCGUUUACUUCUGGAUCCGCUGGUCUCCUCCUGGCCAACAGCCACAGCUGCAGGCCCUGCCCCUUCCGCUGCUCUGCUGCACAUGCUGGCUCGCGCCGCCUCCCACAUGGACCGCGCUGCCGCCUCCACCUUCCACGCUCGCAUCUUCGACUUCCUCCUCCUUCGCACCUUCGAUGUUCGCCGCGCCCCUCCCUUCCCGGCCUCCACCAAUAGCUCCUCCAAUCAAAGACUGCCAGGAGGCACACACUUGGUGACUGCUCCUGAUGUGGAAGGAGCAGCGGUGGGCGCGAUGGUGGGGGUGGUGAUGAAGACUAGUGAGAGUGUGUUCAAGCCGAUGUUUGUGCGCGUGCUGGAGUGGGCGGCAAGUGAGUAUGCUGCUGACGGCGAUCCCAUCUCUCCAGCAGGACGAGUGGAGCGACACCUCACUCUCUUCGGCCUUGUCAACGUGCUCUCUGACAAGCUCAGGUCGGUAUUCGUGCCGUACUUCCAGUACCUCUUUGACAUUGCCAUCCGCCACCUUGUUGGCCCCAGUGAUGCUGCCAAGGGGGGAAUGAAAAAGAAGAGGCGCAAGUCAGCAGGUGUGGCAGCAGCAGCGGAGGACAGCAUUGCACAGUGGCAGCUGAGGUACCUGGUGAUGUGUGCCCUCCACAAGUGCUUCACCUAUGACUCCAACGCUGCCUUCUUGGAUGCCACAAGGUUCCAGGCCCUCCUGGAGCCCCUCACAUCUCAAAUCGACAGAGAACCUCCAGCUGGUGUGGCUUCGAUCGUUUCUGCAUUGUCUGCUUCAGAGGUUCCCAUCGCUGCUUCUCGGCCUUCAGAGACGCACAUGAAGCUGGAUCCCUACAUUGCAGCCUCCAUCCCAAGCAUCAGCGACGUGGAUGAUGAGCUCGUGACGUGUUUGGGUGAAAUGACGAUUGCAGGGGGGUCUGAUAUCCUCUGGAAGCAGCUCAACCACCAGGUGUUGAUGUGCACACGGAGUGAGCGAGUGCGGUCUCGUCAGUUGUCUCUGCGCGUGAUCAAUGAGAUCGUGGAUCGCGUGCGCGAAGAGUACGUUGUGCUCCUGCCGGAGUCCAUUCCAUUCUUGGCAGAGCUGCUGGAAGACCCAGACCCUGCAGUGGCUGAGGGUGCAAAAAGCCUGGUGAAGAAAUUGGAGGAGCUCAGUGGUGAGGAACUCACUCAGUACUUUUGAAAGGUAGCAGGAGUUAGCUCACCUCUUCCUUUGGAGGCUUCCUUUCUUGGCAAAUUUUGUGUGCG